GGAACCGUAGUUCCGGGAAGGGGAGGGCAGGGAGGAGAGAAAAGGAAAGGAGAGAGGGAGAGAAAGAGGGAGGAGGCGUGGAUCCCAGAGCGCACCGGGGCUGUCUGCGGGGCGGCGCCUGGAGGCGGCGGCGGCGCGAUGAGGGGAAGGGCGGGGUGGAGAACUGAAUUUCUACAAAGAAUGUUGGUGGCACAGAUCUGACCUAUAGUAGUACCUUGAAAGAGUAUGAAUAUUUCAGCAAACUGCCUCUUCAGUGGUUCCUCGUUAGCAUCUGAAGUGCAUGCUGCUGCUGUUAAUGGAGAUAAGAGUACCCUCCAAAAGCUAAUAGCAGGAAACUCUGAGCUGAAAGACAAAGAGGACCAGUUUGGAAGAACUCCCCUUAUGUACUGUGUGCUGGCUGACAGGCUGGACUGUGCAGAGGCGUUGCUGAAGGCUGGAGCUGAUGUUAACAGAGCUGAUCGCAGCCGAAGAACUGCUCUCCAUCUUGCUGCACAGAAGGGAAAUUACCGCUUCAUGAAACUUUUACUGGCUCGUAGAGGAAACUGGAUGCAGAAGGACUUAGAGGAUAUGACACCAUUACAUUUAACUACACGUCACAAAAGUCCAAAAUGUUUAGCUUUGUUGUUAAAACAUAUGGCACCUGGAGAAGUGGAUACCCAGGACAGAAACAAGCAAACUGCAUUGCAUUGGAGUGCCUACUACAAUAACCCAGAGCACGUGAAGCUUCUCAUAAAACAUGAUUCAAAUAUUGGAAUUCCUGAUAUUGAAGGAAAAAUCCCACUUCACUGGGCAGCUAAUAACAAGGACCCUAGUGCAAUCCACACAGUGAAAUGUAUUCUGGAAGCUGCACCUACAGAAUCUCUGCUUAACUGGCAAGACUAUGAAGGACGAACUCCUCUUCAUUUUGCUGUUGCAGAUGGGAAUGUAGCAGUUGUGGAUGUCCUGACCUCCUAUGAAGGCUGCAAUGUGACAUCUUAUGACAACUUGUUUCGAACUCCCCUCCAUUGGGCAGCCUUACUUGGUCAUUCACAGAUUGUCCAUCUCUUACUAGAAAGAAAUAAGUUUGGAACUAUCCCAUCUGAUAGUCAAGGUGCAACACCCCUACAUUAUGCAGCACAGAGCAACUUUGCUGAAACAGUUGAAGUAUUUUUGAAACAUCCUUCUGUAAAAGAUGACUCAGAUCUUGAGGGAAGAACGUCCUUUAUGUGGGCAGCUGGCAAAGGCAGUGAUGAUGUCAUUAGGACUAUGCUGACUUUAAAAUUGGAUAUUGAUAUCAAUAUGACAGACAAAUACGCCGGCACAGCAUUACACGCUGCUGCCCUUUCUGGCCACGUCAGCACAGUGAAACUGCUGCUGGAGCACAAAGCACAGGUGGAUGCUCUGGAUGUGAUGAAACACACCCCGCUUUUCCGAGCCUGUGAGAUGGGUCACAAGGAAGUGAUUCAAACACUCAUUAAAGGAGGAGCAAGAGUAGAUUUGGUUGACCAAGAUGGCCAUUCACCCCUUCACUGGGCAGCCCUGGGAGGAAAUGCUGAUGUGUGCCAAAUCCUGAUAGAAAAUAAAAUCAACCCUAAUGUGCAGGAUUAUGCAGGAAGAACACCUCUGCAGUGUGCUGCUUAUGGAGGCUACAUUAACUGCAUGGUAGUGUUGCUGGAAAACAAUGCAGAUCCAAAUAUUCAGGAUAAAGAGGGCAGAACUGCCCUGCACUGGCUCUGUAACAAUGGCUACCUUGAUGCUAUAAAGUUACUGCUCGGCUUUGAUGCUUUCCCCAAUCACAUGGAGAACAGCGAGGAGAGAUAUACUCCACUCGAUUAUGCCUUGCUUGGUGAACACCAUGAAGUGAUUCAGUUCAUGUUAGAACACGGGGCUCUGUCUAUAGCUGCCAUUCAGGAUAUUGCUGCUUUCAAAAUUCAGGCUGUCUACAAAGGAUACAAAGUUAGAAAGGCUUUUCAAGAGAGGAAGAAUCUUUUAAUGAAACAUGAACAGCUGAGAAAAGAUGCUGCUGCCAAGAAACGUGAAGAGGAAAGUAAGAGGAAAGAAGCCAAGCUGCAGAAAGGGAUGCAGAGUGUGGAACAAAACAAGUUUAGAGUACAACAGAAUCCUGCAAAUUGGGAGAAGGCCACCAGUGUCCCCCAGAUACCCAACAAAGCAGCUGACACACAGAGCAAGAGGCUUCUGUCCCUCAAUGCUUCACAGAUCCAGCCAGGGAGAAACAGCAGAGGUUCACCUAAAGCUGGUCAUGACAAAGGGACCCCAAAGGAGAGCUGCCUGUCAGCAGAGCCUCAGAGUGAAGGCCAUGAGAUCAGGCGAGAUUCAUUGAGGAAACACAUCAAAAGCAAGUCAAGUUGUGUCCAUUUCCAUUGUGGCAAAGCAAACGAGGGAACAAAAGUUGAGGUGAAAUACGAGGUUGCAGCUGCUGCAGAACUGGGUGGAGCAAAGCUCAAGGAGCACGCUGCCGACACAACAGGUGCCUGUGCUCGGAGGAGCAAGAAGCUUUCUGCUUCUACCUGUAGGACUGCCAAUGCUGGGGAGAAGCUGAGGGAUCCAAGUCAGCCCCCCUCUGGCAAGAGGGACCACGGGGAAGGAAGGGCUGUGUUCUUCUGCGAUGUCGGCUGUGCCGCUGGAACGGCGCGGAACUCAAAGCUGGGUGAAGCUGCUUCCAAAGGCAAAAGGCACCAGCAGAAACCCAGAAAUAAAGAGGUAAAUGAUAAGAGAUGUUCACCAGCUGGUUCUAGUAGACCAGGAAGUGCCAAAACAGUAUUUGUAAGCACCAGAAAUGACAGCCUGCAUGCUGUAGAACAAACUGUCAAAGUGGGAAACAAUGAAAUAGCAAAAAAGGCCUCUUCAUUAUUGUCUGCUGAGGCAGAACCUACCAGGACUGUGCCAAGAAACCCAACAGCAUGUUCUGCUUCUGAUGGCAGUUUGAACUUGGAAAAAACAGGCAUAGUUAGAUCCAGGAAUGCAGAUGAUCAAUUAUGUUCUGUUCCAUGGCAAAGUACAAAUAUUGAACUAAUCCCUUUAGAGAUUCGAAUGCAGAUCAUAGAAAAAGAAAGAAAAAGAAAAGAGCUUUUUCGGAAGAAGAACUACGCUGCCACAGUCAUACAGAGGACGUGGAGAAGUUACCAGCUAAGACAGGAGUUGUUUCAGCUCCUUAGUGCUAAGCGGCAGUGCAAGGAAGAUGAAGACAAAUGGAGACAAGAGGCAGCUGCCUUCUUCAUUCAGGUUGCUUGGAAGAAGCAGCUGAACCAUAGCCCUCUGAAAUCAGUUCCUUCGUGUAAAAAUCUGAAAUCCGUAAACAAAACCAGCUCAGCCAUAAAAACCAGCAAGCACUCCAUCCUAAAGCAGAUAUAUGGACGUUCUCAGGAAGGCAAAGUGUGUCAGUCAACAAGAUCUCCUUCUAAGCUGAAACUUUCUGAUAUGCAGCUGGUCUCAGUGAGCAAUCUACAGUGUGUUAAUUUGCUGGAGAACAUGGAAAAAUCAAGGCAAUUUUCAUACAACAUGAGACCAAUCACUGCUGCAAAACAAAAAAAUACAAGACUCAAGCAUUAGCAAAACAGUGUUUGGAAUUUAAAAUCCAUUCCAGUACAACUGUUAUCUUUCAUAAUAUAUAAGCCAUCUAUGAUGUAUUAAACUUGAACAUUUUUCAGUUUUGUACUAUCACAGCAUUACAUGCCAAGCAGAUUUCUAAGGAGCUGGACUCAUUUUGUGUACAAACUGUUUUUUAAAUGCAACUGUUAAUUUCUUUACCAACACAGGAUGAAAUCUGAAUUGCAUUUGAAGACAGAAAAUGAAGCACUAAACCCAGUAUUUAUUGCCCCACUGUAGGGGCAAUCAAAGCUUUCCAUUGCAAAAUGUAGGAAUUUUGAAUAUGUUCAUCAAACAGAAUUUCAAGGAAGAGGGAAACCGUACUAAAGAUAUUACAGGUCCAAGAGACCAAUGUUCAAUUUUACCUCAAGUUCAUUAAAUUUCUCUCAAAAUCCAAGCAGGAAUGGAAGAACAGCCUUCAUGCUCCACUUCUCUACUAAAGAAACAAUAGUUCCUUAGCUAAGUAUGGACUUGGAAGGAAAUGUAGACAUGUUGACAAAAAACACUAAAGAAAUUCCUUUCACAACCUUUGGAAACUAUCACUUUGAAAUUAUCACCUAUUUUUUAAUAACUCUUUUUCUAUGUGCAUUAAAUAAAGAAGCAAGAAAAGAUGGGCCCUACUCUAGAAAAACAAAUACUUCUUUUAAUAGCUUUGGAGCUGCCACAGUGUACAGUAGUUACCUUGCACAAAGUAUUUAAAAAUAUGAACUCAGCAAAAAUAAAAAUUGUUACUCUAAAGCAUUAUUGUUUUCUAAUUUUUUUUUUCUGCUUGAUACUACACAAUUCUGCGUUUUUAAAAAUAAUGUGAUGCUUCAAAAUAAUAGAUGAGCAGAAUCAUUUUAAGUCUGUUUCUUCAAGCUCUUCAGCAUGAAGCAGU